AUGGCCGCCGGCCUCGUAGCAGCUCUUCCUCAGCCAGAUUUUGGUUCCAUCGAACUCGAAAACGUAACGGUCUCCGAAUUCGAGGCUAACGACCUCGUCGCCCGGGGCAAGGGUCCGUGGAACGGCCCGACCAAGAUGGACGCCAUGCCCGACGUCGGGUCUUGGAUCGACCCCAAGAACAAGGGUAUCUGGGCCCCGAGCGUGUUUAAGAACGACAAUGGGAAGUACGUCUUGUACUUCUCCGGCCAGCGAAAAGGCGGCCGCCGGUGCGCAGGCGUCGCAACGGCGGACUACGCGCAGGGCCCGUUCGAAGCGACUCCGCAGCCGCUGAUCUGCGACGACGCGGGCGGCGGGAUCAUCGACCCGGUCGACGGCAACGCGCUGGGCGGUCCCAAGAACGGCGACUACAAGCCUACGCCCAUCCGCAUCCAGAAGGUGACGCGCGACGGCUUGACGCUGCAGGGAAGCCCGAAGACGAUUCUUAAUCACGCGGGUGAUAAGAACGAUGGGCUUAUGGAGGGCCCGGCUAUGUAUAAGCGGAAGCCGGGGUCGUAUGUCCUAUUCUUUAGCACGCAUUGCGACAGCUACGAUAUUCAAUACGCAUGGGCGACCAAACCCGACGGAGACUUCGAACACCGGAAGACACUCGCCCGCUCCGGUCCUAACCAGCCGAUCUACGAGCCGGGCCAUAUGGACAUCGCGUCGGACGGGAAGACGAUCGCGUUCCACGGCCGGGAUAAGCCGGGUAAUCCUAAGGAUACCAAGCGCCGCAUUUACAUCGGCAAGACCAAGUUCCCCGAGGGCGACUACAGUGAUGGUAUUAAGGUGCUUAAUUAUCAAGGUUAG